AUAAUUUGAAUGAAACUCUCGAAGGUAGACUAAAAAAGGGUGUGGUCAACUCUUUCGAAAUUAAUAGAUCCGAUCACUGGUCCAGCCUUAGAAGUUUUGUAAUUAACCACCAAAAAGAAAGAAUAAAAGGGGUAACUAAUUCUUCACUCUACGCGUCAAAAACGCGUAGCCUUGCUAUAUAAAUUAACACCCACCAAAUUAAACGAAACAAAAAAAAUAAAAAAGAAAUAAAGAUUGUUGAGCCGCAGUUAAGAAUGGAGGAAAAGGGAGCAAGCCAAGUAGACGAAGUGGAGAAAGUGUUCAGCAAGUUCGACGCCGACGGCGACCACAAGAUCUCUUCAGCUGAGCUGGGCGCCGUGCUGAACAGCCUGGGCGCGGGCGCGUCGAGCGAGGAGGUGGCGCUGAUGAUGUCGGAGCUGGACGCCGACUGCGACGGCUACAUCGAUCUGGAUGAGUUCAAGUCGUUCCAGCUCCGCGGCGAGGGCGACGAGAAGGAGCUGAGGGAGGCGUUCGACUUGUACGACAAGGACAAGAACGGCAUGAUCUCCGCCGCCGAGCUGCAUUCGGUGCUCUGCUCUCUCGGGGAGAAGUGCUCCGUCGAGGAUUGUCAGAGAAUGAUCAGCUCCUUCGACGUCGACGCCGAUGGAUUCAUUAACUUCCAAGAAUUCAACAAGAUGAUGACGGGGAACACGUCUUGAUUAAUACCAUGUGUUUAAUUAUCGCUAACUAUGUCGUAAUCCUUUUGACUUUCGCAUUUGGUGUUUGUAAUUUUUAAUUGAAGUAAUGUAUGUGUUGACGCAGUAAUUAAGAACCUAGCUAUUGUAUGGUACGUACCUAAUUACAUUGUCACGCCAUUGUAAUUAAUGGAAUCGCGAAGGUCUAAUUUAAUAUUGUUUCGUUCA